GGUUGUUCAGCGAGUGAUUUUGGUGAGCUCAGCCGGUGAUUCGGACCUUGUACGCACCACGCCACGGCGCUAGGCGACUGUUUCGUGACUUAGGUACGUGCGAGAGAGUGAGAUCUCCUGCCACUCGCUGCAGGAUUGACUUGGCUUCGGACUAUCGCGCAAGCUGUGAAGGAGCUGCAGAGUACGGCGUCGUGUUGCUCCCUUCCAACCGAUGCACGUUGACCCCUCCAUUGAGGUGGGGUGAGCCCUCUUCGGGCCUGCUUCAAGUGAAGAAGGACAUAAGUAGCUCGCGUUUGCCAGCCAAACAAGUCACUCAGCUUCCAAGCUAUCAAUUUACUCUUCCUUACUUCAAACACCACUACCUCACAACUUCCGAGAAUCCUAGUCUAACUAGAAAUCAAUUCACAAUGUCGGCACCCCAGAUCCCCGAGAAGCAAUGGGCACAGGUCAUCGAGAAGACUGGCGGUCCCCUCGAAUACAAGCAGAUUCCCGUUCCCAAGCCUGGUCCUGAUGAGGUCCUCGUCAACGUCAAGUUCACUGGUGUAUGCCACACCGACCUCCACGCAUUGAACGGUGACUGGCCUCUUGCAACUAAGCUUCCUCUUGUUGGUGGCCACGAAGGCGCUGGUGUCGUUGUUGGCCGCGGUGAGCUCGUCAGUGAGGUCAACAUUGGUGACCAUGUCGGUAUCAAGUGGAUCAACGGCACAUGUCUCUCCUGCGACUUCUGCAUGCAAUCAGAUGAACCCCUCUGUGCCAAGGCCGCUUUGUCAGGCUACACAGUUGACGGUACCUUCCAACAAUACGCCAUCGCCAAGGCCGCUCACGUCGCCAGACUCAACAAGGAUGUGCCUCUCGAUGGUGUCUCACCUGUGCUCUGCGCCGGUAUCACCGUCUACAAGGGUAUCAAGGAGUCUGGUGCUCGUCCUGGUCAGACAGUAGCCAUCGUCGGUGCUGGUGGUGGUCUCGGCUCGCUCGCACAGCAAUACUGCAAGGCCAUGGGUAUCCGCACAAUCGCCAUUGACGCUGGCGACGACAAGGAGAAGAUGUGCAAGGAGUUGGGCUCGUAUGCAUUCGUCGACUUUAGCAAGAGCAAGAACGUCGUCAAGGAUGUUCAGUCUGCCACUGAGGACGGUCUUGGUCCCCACGCUGUCAUCCUUCUCGCUGUCUCUGAGAAGCCCUUCCAACAGGCUGCCGAGUACGUCCGUCCUCGUGGUACCGUCAUCUGUAUCGGUCUGCCCGCCGGUGCUUACCUCAAGGCCCCCGUCUUUGAGUCCGUCAUCAGAAUGAUCACCAUCAAGGGUUCAUACGUCGGUAACCGCAGAGACACCGCAGAGGCUCUCGACUUCUACGCCAAGGGUCUGAUCAAGGCUCCCUUCAAGACUGUCGGUCUCUCAGAGCUCCCCAAGGUCUUUGAAAUGAUGGAAAAGGGACAGAUCGCUGGUCGCUACGUCCUCGAUACCUCAAAGUAA